GCAGCCAAUCGGCCCGCAGCCCGCUAUCACCAGCUCGGCUGCCGCCGGGCCGUGCAGGCUAUCAACGACUCGCGGACCACCAGUGCAGCCAGCAAUUGCCGCCCAUCUGUGCCUUCUUUCACUGUAGUGAAACUUAUGGCAGCGUUCGUGUUACGCUCAGGUGUGUUGCGCGGAUAAGACCCGCAAACAGCUGCUCUCGGUUCGUCUGGCGGAUACGUGUGUCGUUUUUCUCCGUAGACGUCUUAUUUUGACUCCGAGGUCCACCGACUGGCAAUUAAAACUGCACUGAAGUGUCAUAUCAGGACAACUCCCAAACGCGACUUCUGCCUCCAAGUUUGGUAAAGGAUUCAACUGCAGGGAUCAGACGGCGGUCCUCACUGGACGUGAGUCCCUCGGCAGCGGCGCACCGACAUGAGCGGCAACCCGUGGACGGCGGCGUCCGCCUGCCCCUACUGCGGCCGCCAGCUGCCUUCCUCGCACUUGCAGAUCCACCUGGACGAGUGUGACCUGGCGCUGGAGAAAUGCCCCAACUCGUGUGGAGUAUCAGUUCAGCGACGCUACAAGUCGUUACACUUGAAGAACGAGUGCCUGCUGCGACCGCCGUCGCUGCAGCGCCCGGCUACGGCGACGCUGCUGAUGAGCUCCGGUGUGGGCGGCGGCGUCGGUGGCGGCGCCGGGACUGCGGGGGGCCGCGGGACGGACGCGUCGGCGGCGUCUGCGGCGCCCGACGUGCUGGCGGCGGAGCUGGCCAAGCUGCGCAGCGCGCUCGACGAGGAGCGGCGCCUGCGCGGCGUCGCCGUCGCCGAGUUCCGCCAGCGCUGCGACGCGCUCGACCAGUGGAACAAGAAGCUCGUCCAGGUGCUCGCCGCCUUCAAGGCGGCUAAGGCGGCGCUGGGCGCCCUGGGAGAGCAGCUGGAGGCGGAGCGCGCGCAGCGGCUGCGCUCGGAGGGCGAGUACGACGAGCAGCUGGCCAGGCUCAGCGGCGCCGUGGCCACCGCCAGGGACCUGCACAGCGCGCUGGAGGAGCGCUACACGGAGCUGGUGUCGUCGUGCGAGCGCCUGACGCUGGAAGUGGAGGAGCUGGCCCGCUCCCAGCUGCUGGAGGGUGACGCCUGGAGGGCCGAGGUGCGGGGAGAGCGGCGCCUCGGCGCAGAGAGGGCAGAUGCCCUGCGACAGGAUCUGCAGGCGCUGAAGAAACGGAUGGAAGAGGAGAACGUGGCGUUGAGCGGCGUUUGGGGCGACCAAGAGGCGCGGCUGGAGCGGCUGGAGAACAGGGUGGCUUCACUGGCCUCCAGACUGACCGACAUGGACCAGCAGCUGGUCCAGCAGCAGGACCUUAGGCACGCCGUCCAGGUGCCAGGUCGCCUCCUAUGGAAAAUAACGGACUUUGACCAGAAACUGGCAGACGCCAAGGAACAUGACACCGUUCUUCAUAGCCCUAUAUUUUUCAGCCAACAGUUCGGACACAAGUUAAGGCUGGAAGUUCACCUAAAUGGAGUGGGCCACUGGAAGGGCCGCAACAUGAUCGUGGGCUUGCAAGUACUGCCGGGGGACUGGGACGCCCUGCUGCCGCAGCCAUUCAAUCGCAAAGUGUCCGUCACCCUGAGGGACCAAACCCCCAACUCGGAGCAGGCAAACAACCUGAUGAAAAUUUUGAAGGCUGGAACAACCAAAGAAGAUCCUGCUGGCUACCACCAGUUCUUCCCUCACAAGACGAUGCAGCAGUUCAAUUACAUCAAAGAGAACGCUAUAUACCUUGAAGUCACUGUAGAGUAACAUAUCCAAGUGCAUUUCCAUGUGAACCGAGUGCAUUGGUGGAAUCGCUUGUUUUUAAAUGGAUAAUUUAACUUUAUAGAUUUCUCAGUUUGACCGCGUAAUGCGAAUGUUUUGUUAUUGUAACGUAUAUAAGACAAUCGUUCUGAUUGUUUUCAAUUGAUGCGUCAACAACAGCGGAGAAGUCUAAGGCCAUGUGAGACACAUUUUAUAUAGCAAGUACGGGUAGUUCUUUAUGAUUCUAAUGUUUAUAAUGAAAAAGAAUCAUGAAUGAUCUGAAUUUUAUUUAAUUGUAUUGAAAGAUCAAUUACUACAAAGUGAAACCCCCGGACAGCUUCAUUCAUAGGUGAUGUCCUGCAGUAGACUAGAUUAAUUACGGAAUGAUGAUGCCGAAAGAUGACUGAAGAUUCGUAUGGUUCAGAAUAUCCAUGUGUUAAAAAAGUCAUCUAACGGAAGCCGUUCUUAUUUUAUUUCCUCUUAACAAUAGCCCAGUUGUAGUGAUUCCUCACCCAGGAUUAAUUUUGCGGAACAACGUUAAUCACGCCAUCUUUUUAAUAUAAGCACAGCAAACAGCUACGAACACUGACUUACUUGCAUCCCAUUCCUCCAUUCUGUCUAAGUUUUUAAUGUUGUCGAAGUUGGAGUACGUGACACAAUCAAGAUGGUUGAUUACACUACAGGAAUUCUCUACUCAAGACUUUUGCUUUUGCACCUGAGGCUAACCCUUCCUCGUUCUGUGUGCGAUGCUGUAUUUUCAGUGACAACACUGCUCGGCUGCUCGCUUUUCGAGUCACGUCCAUCGCGAACAUGAAGAAAGGGAUACAAUAUUUAUUAGUAUCCAAGAGAAAAAUUCUCCAUACGGGGAAUCAAGUAGCUUCACUCUAUGAAAUCGACAGAUUGUACUAAUCUCUUUAUUAGUAGUAGCCUGUCACGAACUACAUAUGAUUUCCAUCUUUUUAGUCUGUCUUCAGCACGCGUUCAGGUAUGUGUUUUAUUCUGCCGAAAAUUUUCUUUAGAGGUGCAUGUAGCCAUAUGUUUGCUCCAACAAGGAACUUUGUCAUAUCCUAAGAUCAAACUUUAGCUGCUCUCUAGGAAACCAAUGCCCUUCGGUUUCUUCCUAAACAAGUGGUCUCUCAUAUGGAUUUAUCUCCGUAAAUUCACUGCGGGCCUUUGAGUACCCACCCACAACCUUCACGUUGUUUAGUGGCUUCUGCAUUAAGGCACCCAUAUGACUUCCGAGUAAGGCAACCAAGAGGACAAGUGUUAGACCGCAUCAACAUAAAGAUAUUGAACAGUUCAAUAUUGUUCCCCAAAUGAUGAUGUAAUUUCCUUCUAUGCAACGAAAAGGAUUAUUAUGAUAGAAGAAUAUUAAUCACGGAACGCAUCUUAUAAACUUGAGUAAUCUACUUUAGAUUUCGUUCUCCGUGUGUUUUAACCUAUAUUUAAUUUUAUAUUGAAGUUCAGUGUCAACUGAGAUUCGAUCCAUAAUGUGGGGGACGAUUGUAGAGGAUUUACUGGAAAUUGUUUUGUCAGAAGAGUCCAAGAGAACAAAAGGAACUGUUCUCAAUAAUAAAAUGUCAUAAUGUUUAUUUAAGAAGAAUUAAAUGAACCGUGAAAGAAAUAAAGCGAAAUACAUAUAUUUGAGCAUAGAAACGUUAGUAUUGUGUAUAUUAUUAUCUAGAGCAAUAUUUUGUCGUUAACGCGUAUUGCUUUCGUCUGCGGUUACAAAUUUUAAAUAACAUAA